UGCCUGGAGUGGUGGGGAGGCAAUCGCGCCGACCGUGGACUAAGGACAAUCCGGGGAACAGCGGACCCUCUCAACGCAUCCACACAGCGCGCAUACACAAACAUUGUCACGACUCCAUUAAAAAAAAGCAGCGACUCGGAACUGGCCUGGUUCCUGUCAACUGAUCCGAGAGAGACAGUGGGGCAGUAAGAUUGGGAGCAUUUCCCCCUGUUGCCCAUCCUCCCAGCUAAAAGAGGAUGUGUGGUGAGGAUACGAAGAUGAGCAGCUCGGAGGAAGUGUCGUGGAUCUCCUGGUUCUGUGGGCUGCGUGGCAAUGAGUUCUUCUGCGAGGUCGAUGAAGAUUACAUUCAAGACAAGUUCAAUCUCACCGGGCUGAAUGAACAGGUGCCUCAUUAUCGCCAAGCGCUGGACAUGAUUCUUGACCUUGAGCCCGAUGAGGAGCUGGAGGAUAAUCCAAACCAGAGUGACCUGAUUGAGCAGGCUGCUGAGAUGCUGUAUGGACUAAUCCACGCCCGCUACAUUCUCACCAACCGAGGGAUUGCGCAAAUGCUGGAGAAGUACCAGCAAGGAGAUUUUGGCUACUGCCCUCGAGUGUACUGUGAGAAUCAGCCCAUGCUUCCCAUCGGUCUGUCUGACAUCCCCGGUGAGGCCAUGGUGAAGCUGUACUGCCCCAAGUGCAUGGACGUGUACACGCCAAAGUCCUCGCGGCAUCAUCACACGGACGGCGCAUACUUCGGCACGGGCUUCCCCCACAUGCUGUUCAUGGUCCACCCAGAGUACAGACCCAAGAGGCCAGCGAACCAGUUUGUUCCAAGGCUUUAUGGCUUCAAGAUCCACCCCAUGGCUUACCAACUCCAGCUCCAAGCUGCAAGCAACUUCAAGAGCCCUGUCAAGACCAUCCGCUAGAGAGAGAUGGGCAACCCCUCCAGACGACCACAUUUAACAACGUGUCAGCAGACAAAAGAAAUGCCGCAAGGCUGUAGACGGUGUUCACUUUAACAAAAAGAAACAGUUUUGCCCUCCCUCCAUCCUUCCUCCUCUUCCUUCCCCCCCACCCCCUCUAAAGCAACAUUAUUUUGUUGUCCAGGGUUUCCACUUGUGUGCCCUGCAUGAACUGAAGUUGGUGCCAAUGGAUUUCUUUCAGUGGAAAAAAAUUACUUAAAAUGUCUCAUCAACAAAAAGCGUGUGUUUGUGCGUGUUGGCCAGAGUGAUUUAUUCUCAGUUUAGAUCUGUACAUCCAUUCAGCCAGCAGUCGUGGAUGGCUUUGAGUGACCUCCAUGCUCAUGUUUCAGUUUCCCAAAGCAGACUUUGUUGCUGGGCUUCCCACCAAUGUGACAGAAGGGUUAGGGGUCCUGGGCUGGGGCUGGAUGGUGUUAAUAGUACCCACCCUCCACUUCAGCGUUGAUUCCCCUGUGCCUGGAGAGGAUCUGUUUCAUCCUUCCUGUCUCUGUGUGGAGAUUGUACUUACAGUCCUGGUGCGGAGACAGUAAUUUGGAGUGAAAAGCAUCACGUCAGUUGAGUAUCGAGCAAUGAUCUACAAUGUACCAUUGAACUGCCAUUUUCUAACAACUGACUGGUACUUAUAGACCAAGUGAUGGUUCAGAGGAAUGGUGUUGGGAGUUCAGAGGCCAUAACAUUUUGUGAUCUCUGGACACCUAUGUUUUAACAGCAUCAGGAUCCUUGAUUUCCCCCCACCCCUACACCCUCUCUGUAUAGUCCAUCGAAUGUAGCAUAUUUGUGUGGAAACUCAUGUUGAAGAGAUCCUGAGCAUCUGCAUCCCCGUGAGGUAAUCCUGUAUUACCCAGGCAUGGAAUUUUAUUGAUCACCUUGCCCAGCGCGAAGACUCUGGCUUCCUUUCUCCCUCCUUGCCCACCCACCCACCCACCCCUGUCUACUCCAGGUAAGUUAAGGUCAUUCACUGUAUUGUAUGUAUUGUAUAAAGAAUAUUGACUUGGUGAAAGCUGCCUGUGUGUUUUUUUUUAAAGAACAUGUUUAAUCGGUUUAGGGAUUGUUACUAAUGUUUAUUUCUGAAUAAACGCAUACUUGAUCGAAGUGGCGAUGGAUUUGAGU